GGGCGGGCUCAGCAAAGCCCCUGUCUCCCGGCCAGGCUGCGGGGGCUCCGGGCAGGCAUGGUCGGCUAUGACCCCGGCUCCAGGUGCGUGUCCACGGCGGAAGCGGCUGCAGCAGGGUCAGCAUCUGGCUUCGUCACCCGGCUCCUCAUCAGUCCCUUGGAUGUCAUCAAGAUCCGCUUCCAGCUCCAGAUCGAGCAGCUCUCCUCCAAAAACCCAGGCGCGAAGUACCACAGCAUCCUGCAGGCUGCACGCCGCAUCUUCCGGGAGGAGGGCUUGGUUGCCUUCUGGAAGGGCCAUGUUCCUGCUCAGCUGCUUUCAGUUGGCUAUGGAGCUGUUCAGUUCAUGGUGUUUGAGAACAUGACCCAGCUGGUGCACAACCUCACCUCCUACAGCGCCCGUGACUCCUUGGUGCACUUCACCUGCGGUGGGCUGUCUGCCUGCACAGCCACUGUUGCAGUGCAGCCUCUUGACACGCUACGCACCCGCUUAGCUGCUCAGGGUGAGCCUAAGAUCUACCAAAACCUUCGCCACGCAGUGGUCACAAUGUACCAGACAGAAGGACCUCGGACGUUCUAUAGAGGUUUGACCCCCACAAUCAUUGCUGUCUUCCCAAAUGCUGGUCUCCAGUUCUCCUUCUACAACAUCCUGCAACAGUUUUCUGAAUGGGUGAUUCCAGCUGAAGGAAAGAAAGGAGGCAACGUUAAAAACCUUGUUUGUGGCAGCUGUGCUGGGAUCAUCAGCAAAACCCUCACUUACCCCUUCGACUUGUUCAAGAAGCGACUGCAAGUGCGUGGCUUUGAGCAGGCCCGGGCAGCCUUUGGGCAGGUGCGGGUGUACAGCGGGCUCCUGGACUGCAUAAGGCAGAUCAUGCGAGAGGAGGGCCCGGGUGGAUUCUUUAAGGGCCUCUCCCCCAGCUUGCUGAAGGCUGCUGUCUCCACUGGCCUUACCUUCUUCUGGUAUGAGCUGUUUUGCAGCCUCCUGUGCUCCCUGAAGACUGCUGAUAGCAUUGCAAGGAAGGAACGCUGAAAGGGGCAUGUCUGUGGCUACCUGGUGCCCUCCUAGAGGAGGGGAAACUGAUGGGCUUUGCUCUGUCAUGAGCAUGUCGGGAAUGUCACAGUUCCCAGAGCUCCAUCAGCCUGUAGGAAAUCACCUCCUGGGACCAAGCAGAAGGAGAAGGCAGCUGCAGUUCUGCUGAAGACACUGAACUGCUUUGCUGGAAGCUGUUAACUGAGCACUGUUUUCCUCUGUCUCCUCUAAUAUCAGCACGCAUUUAGUGGGGAGAGGGGGGAACCAAGCAGAAAACUACCUGCUCUGAAGAGGCACCUGCUGAAGCGGGUGUAUUCCUGUGCUUGCCUUGGAUCACCGAUUGGGAUCCAGGUGUAGCUGGUGCUGCUUAUCCAACCUAACACCACUUCCUAUGGCUACAUCCGCACAGCUGUGUUUCCUUGCUCUCUGGCCUGCUGUUUGCACCGUGUUCUUUCCUUGGUGUAGCACAGGCAGCUCUCUGCUGCUGUUGUGAAGUCAACUCAAACCUUUUUAGUGUCACAGAACCUCAGUUUUCCUUUUCUUUGCUGCCAGCUGCUGCUGCUUGCUUACCACUUGAAUCAGCCACCUGAAACACAGCAUCUUCUGGUGGAUCACACACAAACUUGCUCUUCCUUUAACUCUGAUGAGCUUGAUUGUAUCCAAAGUGCCCAUUUCUCUUCUUGCACGUCUUGCCACACAUCUCUUGGGGUUCUGCAUUGCCUCAGUCACACUUUUGCAUCUCAGUCUAAAGAUUAAGAACCCCUCUCUAAGGGAAUUCAACGCACAAGCCCUAUUCUUUAGGGUUCUUUGCUUCAAUGCAGUGAGUAACCAAAUGCUGUAUAGAGUUCUAGAAAUAUUUAAAUGGGAAUAAUGAAGGAGAAGUCCUGUGGAAACUAGUAACUAUCUUUUAUUAUUAUUAUUUAAUACCACCUUUGAAUGUUUCCAGCAAGUAUUUCUGCUCAAAACCUUUCUGAAUCUCACUCCUGCUGUGGUGCUAAUAGAUGAAAGUGUUUUGCCAAGCUAACCUGAAGUGAAAGGACUGAGCAUCAGAUGGAAACUGCUUGGUGUUUGACAAGGAAAGGGUGAUGGAAUUAGAGCUGGAGAAGUGAUGUUCUGCAGUUUCAAAGGUUUUAGGGAUGCUUUGAAAACCCAACAAAACAACGACCCAGCAGCUCUGAUUUACGUAACGGGGAAAAGAGGGAAAUUGCUUUCUUCCUCCUCUUUUACUGCUUUUCCAGGCUGAGCAGGGUGUGGUUGGACCAGUUAUGGAAGGCAGGCUCUGAGGAAGAGCUGCUGUGAUACAAAAGCCUGUCCAUCAUCUGGUGAGUGGUGGAUGGGGCAGAACACUGCUGUUAUUUAGAGGAUGGUUUGAUAUCUCUUCAUGCAGAGCUUCCCAUGGCUCUUUUGCAGUAUCCAGGGUGUUAAUCCUAGAUGUUGGCCACAUUCCAGCGUGACCAAUUCCAUUCUGCUGAUGCAACUUCUGGCAAUUUUGAGCAUAUCAGCAUUGCUCCCUUAUCCUGUGCUGUUGUGAGAGGCUGGUUCCCAAGAGCAGCUGUUUCACUGGGAUCUGAGGUAGCCAGAGAGAUUCCUUGCAAGGCCAGGCCAAAUAACUUGGUAUCUGCUGUGGUUUGAGAUCUUGGAGUGUGAAGUGGCUGUUUGCAGGUGACUUUGAGAGCUAUUUGAAGUUAAAUCUACUGAGCAGUGGUGGUGGCUGGCAGGAAGCUCAUACAGGAGCCUUAAAGAGGGAGUAGUAGCUGCAUGUACUCCAAAAACGCACAGUUUUGCUUAGAGGAAUAAAUACAAAGAAUGUGGAGUAAUGUGUCUCAAAGUGCCUCAAUCUGAGUGGCAUUUUCCUGUGUUAUUUAAGCUGAGAUUCCCCCCCAGCUCUUCUUAACUAUAUUUUGCCUUUGUUUCUUGUUCAUCUCUUGUUCUUGGAAAGACAUCACAGCCAGUGAUGGGCUUACCCUCAUGCCAUCCUUCCAAUGAGAGAAAGCAGAGUCAAACAGGUUGGGAUUGUUAGGCUUUUGGCUGCUGGUACAGAGGAAUGCUGUCAUGGGUAGCAGGGGCAGCACUGGCCACAGCGGGUUUCUGUGCUCUCUUAGGCUCCCAUAGGAAAUCGGGCUUCGUCCAUCCUGUCUAAACCUCACCAGACUCUUUGGUUCACUUUAUAUCAAAGAGCUGCUGUUAAGCUGCACAAAAUAGGGGGAAACUGGUGAGGACUCAGCAGUGGGAACUGCAGCCUCUGGAAGAGGGGGGAGUUGCUUUGGUUGUCACAGCGGUAAAGGAUAAAGAACAGAAGACUGCUGAGACAGUGCUCCUUGAGUGUGCUGUGGAGCUUAAGCUGAUGCAGCUCUAGGGGCAGGUAACUUGGUUGCUCUACAGGGAGAGGAGCAAUGGAGGGUACAGAGCAGCUUCUCCUUCUGGGAUAGUUUUUUCCUCCACUGCAUUAAAUCCACUUGCCUGCAUCCAACAGAUGGCAAAGGUGGAGUUGAAGCUGUGCCAGUCUGUGGAAGACACUCCUGGUCAGGAGCUUCAGUACACAGCCUGGUUGGUUGUUUUCUCUUUGGGAAUGACUGGUUUAGCACUAGGAGGACAGGUCUUACUUGUGAUGCUGAUUGAAGCCAAGUUUCAUUAGAUUUGAGCAGGAGAUAGGAGAGAUCCAUAGUCACCUUAUUCUCUGCUGUGGGGGACAAAUGUGCUCCCAGAUACUCCACACACCAGUUCACACUGACUCCACACGGUGAGUGACUCGCUGUCAAUCUGUGCUGGGUUUUUCCCAUUGGGAUGGCUGGGAUUUCCCUCUGAUGUCAUUCUGUCAGGGGGAUCUGUGUUGCCUGCGGUUGUGUUAGCUUUCUAAUAGUGCCUUGUACCAUCAGGACAUCCAAAGCACUUCAGCAGGGAAAGCCCAGCUGUGCUCUGGUUGUUGCUCUUUGCUGGCCUCAGGCAGGAGGACAUGGACACACAAGUUCUGUGAUGGACACCGUGCCCUCCAACACUGAGUCCUGGGACACUGUUCUUGGAAUGCUCCUCCAGAGGGUGGUUUGUGAAAAGAAAUGGAUGUUUGACAGUCAGGCUUGGAACAGAUUGUUCUUAGUUUGGGUUUAGGUUUCUCAUGUGAUGCAGUUUGAUUGUCUGAGGUGUUUCGUUGUGUUUCCUGAGUGGAUCUAUUGCAGCUGCUGUUGGAAGGUGUCCGAGCAGAACGUGUGCUACCUUUGAGACAAGGUACAUUAAAUACUUUGUUAUGCUCCUG